AUGCCUACCUCAACCCUACUAUGGAGCGUAGGGUCGCUCGCUCUUUCAUCGAUGGUCCUGCCCGCCGCGGCCAGCAGUUAUGAACUUGUGGAAACCUGGAAGGGCGAGGACUUCCUUACGGCUUUUGACUUUUACACAGGCGCUGACCCCACGAAUGGAUUCGUCACGUACGCUAAUCAGAGCUAUGCCGAAAGCACCGGGCUGGUCAAGGUCAACUCUAACGGUACCUUCUACAUGGGUGUCGACCAUACAACGAAGCUGAGUACCAACGGUCCUGGCCGGGAGUCGGUCCGCAUUGGGAGCAACAAGUAUUAUGACGAGGGACUGUUUAUUAUCGAUCUUCAGCACAUGCCCGGAAGCGUCUGCGGUACCUGGCCCGCCUUUUGGUCCACAGGCAAAAACUGGCCGACGGAUGGUGAAAUAGAUAUCAUCGAGGGCGUCAAUAAGAACGAAGCGAACGAGAUUGUCCUGCAUACGAGCGGCACCUGUCAAGUUUCCAGCCAGAAGAUGAGCGGCACGCUUACCUCUACGGAAUGUGGUGAAGAUGCGGGUACCACUGGAUGUGUUGUUGAGGGCACCCAAGGUUCUUCUGGCACUCCGUUCAACGAGAACGGUGGUGGUGUCUACGCCAUGCAGUGGACCGAUGAAUUCCUCAAGUUCUGGUUCUUCCCUCGUGGUUCGAUUCCCAGCUCUAUCACCAAAGGCGACCCCGAUGUUGCUGCUUUCGGCACUCCCAUGGCCCAUAUGGAGGGCUCGUGCAGCAUCGCCGAACACUUCAAAGCCCAGCAAUUCAUCUUCGACACCACCUUCUGCGGUGACUGGGCUGGCGGCGUUUACAGCACCUCGGGCUGCCCUGUGAGCGAUAGCAGCAGCUCCUUCAAGAGCUGCGUUGCUUAUGUCGCCGAGAACCCAACGGCGUUCGCGGAGUCUUACUGGGAAAUCAAUUACAUCAAGAUUUACCAGACUGGUGUCGCAGCCUCCGCUUCCGCUUCCGCUUCCCACGUUGAAUCCGCAGCCAGUGUUGCUGAGACGAUCUCCGCUGUUAGGGAAGGCACUAACUCCGUUGUUGCGACCACUACCGCUGCCACUAUUGCUGUCACCAGCACCGCUGAUGCCGAGACUGCUACAACCAUGGCUGGAGCCACUACUGUCGCCGCAUCUACCGAGACCUCUGCCGCCGAUGAGAACGGUUCUUCUGCCUCGACCUCGACUCACUAUGUUACUAUGACCACCACUAUCUGCCCUAUUGCCGAGAGCUCCUCUGCGGCGGCUGCUCUUGCUGGCGGAAGCUCCGAGGCUACCGAGGCUAGCAACAGCGAAGGCAGUCCUGCGGCUGCAACCCCAUCUAGCGUCACUGGCGCUAGCGCUGAGGCUAAUGAAAGUGAGAGCACUUCUGCCGCUGUAACUACUCCCUCGACUUCUACUGGCGCAAGCGCCGAAGCAAAUGGUAGCGAGAGCUCAUCUGCUUCCGAAGCAGGCAGCGUUGCUGGUGCUACACCGUCUAGUGUCAGCACCACUGGUGCAAGUGGCGAAGCAGACAGUAGCGAGGGUGCCUCUGCUGCUGCUACACCGUCUAAUGUCAGCAGCACUGGUGCGAGCGCUGAAGCGAAUGGCAGCGAGGACUCUUCUGCUUCUUCUGAGGCCAAGACUGUCGCUCCUUCCAUCCCAUCCAGCGUCACUGGUGCAAGCGCCGAGGCGAAUGGAAAUGACAGCGCCUCUUCCAAUGCUGCGACCGCAUCCAAUGUGAGCGGCGCCAGCGCACAAGCCGGUGAUAAUGAGAGCACUCCUGCAUCUGCUGGCGCUAAUGCCGGCUCUUCUGCUGCGCCUUCCUCCGUUAGUGGUGCAAGUGCGGAAGCUAACGGUAGCGAGGGCAGCUCCAGCCAUUCGUCGGGCUCCCAGGCCGGAGCUCACUCCUAUGGGUCUGUACCCUCCAGUGCUGCUGCGUACGGUAGACCUGCCCCAAGCUCGUCUAGCCAUGCAUUUGCCACUGCACCCUCAUCUACUGGUUCGAGCCGUGUUCCGACCUCCGCUGCCGCUGCCAACAAUGCUGCCGCUGCCACCCAGGGUAGCUCUGCUUCCGGAUCUAAUUCUGGCUCCUCUGGCCAUGGUUCCUCGUCUGCUACUACUCCCUCGACACCUGUCUUCACCGGUGGUGCAAACAAGUUGACUCUUGGUGCAUCUAGCGUCCUCAGUGUUCUUGCUUUUGCUUUGUUGGCUUAA